GCCACAGUGAGAGUACAGCGCCCUCGACAAGAGAUCAUUGAAGACCUGUCAUAUAUGGUGCGGGAGCUUCUCAUCCAGUUCUAUAAAUCUACUCGGUUCAAACCAACCAGAAUCAUAUUCUAUCGAGAUGGCGUUCCAGAAGGUCAACUUCCACAGAUAUUGCACUAUGAGCUGCUGGCUAUUCGAGAUGCAUGUAUUAAAUUAGAGAAAGACUACCAGCCAGGCAUCACCUACAUAGUAGUGCAGAAACGCCACCACACACGUCUGUUUUGUGCAGAUCGCAGUGAACGGAUUGGAAAAAGUGGAAACAUUCCAGCAGGAACAACUGUUGACACCAAUAUCACACAUCCGUUUGAAUUUGAUUUUUAUCUCUGUAGUCAUGCAGGUAUCCAGGGCACCAGCCGUCCAUCCCACUACUAUGUUCUUUGGGAUGAUAACCGGUUCACAGCUGAUGAACUUCAGAUUCUCACCUACCAGUUAUGUCACACAUAUGUUCGUUGCACACGGUCUGUUUCUAUACCUGCACCUGCAUACUAUGCUCGACUUGUGGCUUUCAGAGCACGGUACCACCUGGUUGAUAAGGAACAUGACAGCGGGGAAGGCAGUCACAUUUCUGGACAAAGCAAUGGGAGGGAUCCACAGGCCUUAGCUAAGGCUGUGCAAGUUCAUCAAGACACAUUACGCACCAUGUAUUUUGCAUGA